AACUCCGCCACCUUCACCCAUAACAAACGCCGAAAAAAUAAAAGUGAAAAAAGAACGUGAUCGAAUUGUUUAAAUAAAAAGAAAGAAGACAACUUAAAGAAAGAACCCAUCAUGAAUCGUGGUCAAAUCUUUGUGUUGUUAGCUCUAUUAGCAAUUGCCACCACCGUCUGUGCUAAAACCGGCUAUGGUCCUGGUGAGCAAGAUUGGGGUUUUGUGGACGUUCGCAAGGGUGCCCAUAUGUUCUAUUGGCUCUACUACACCAAUGCAAAUGUUACCAGCUACACUGAACGUCCUUUGGCUAUAUGGUUGCAGGGUGGUCCAGGCGCCUCCUCUACCGGCUAUGGUAAUUUCGAGGAAUUAGGUCCUUUGGAUCUCGAUGGAAACAAUCGUACUUGGACUUGGGUUAAAGAUAUGAAUGUUUUGUUCAUCGAUAAUCCCGUGGGCAGUGGUUUUUCAUAUACCGACAGUAUUUUACAAUUGACUACGAACAACAAACAAAUUGCAUUGGAUUUGGUGGAAUUCAUGAAGGGUUUCUAUGCUUUGCAUCCAGAAUUCCAAGAUGUACCAUUGCACAUUUUCUGUGAAAGUUAUGGUGGCAAAAUGGCACCAGAGUUUGCUUUGGAAUUAUACUAUGCCAUACAAAAGGAAGAGAUCAAAAGUAAUUUGACAUCGGUGGUCUUGGGUGAUCCAUGGACUUCACCCAUUGAUUCGGUAAUGGCUUGGGCUCCUCUUUUGUUGAAUAUGGGUAUUGUUGAUCAAGAUGGCUAUGAAAACAUUAUGGUUUCGGCUAACAAAACUAAGGAAUUGGUUGAAGGUGAAAAAUGGACUCAAGCCACCAUGCAAUGGAGUGCCACACAAUCGGUUUUGCUUAGAGAAUCUAAAGGUGUUGAUUUCUAUGAUAUUGAAAAGCCCACCAGAGGUGAUGCCUACACACGCAUGCUGCUCAGAACAAACAAUUAUCAAGAACUCAUGUAUCGUACUUUGGUGCAUUACGAUAUUGAUGAGAAUCGUGAUCAAAAAUUACAAGAUUUAAUGCGUGGUCCAGUUAGCAAAGCUUUGGGUAUUCCCUCCAAGGUUAAAUGGGGCUCUCAAAGCAGUAAUACCUUCUCGCGUCAAAUGGGUGAUUUCAUGAAACCCGUUAUUCAUAUUGUCAGCGAACUUUUGGACAACACCAACUUGAAGGUAGGCGUUUUAUCUGGUCAAUUGGAUUUAAUUUGCGCCACUCCUGGUACCGUUAACUGGAUUGAGAAAAUGCAAUGGAGUUAUCGCGAUGAAUAUGUUAAGGCUCCCCGCUUGGGCAUUAGUGUUAAUCGCAUUUUGGAGGGUUACGAAAAGUCUGCUGGCAACUUUACCAUGUUCUGGGUUAAUCGUGCUGGUCAUAUGGUACCUGCCGAUAAUCCCGCUGCUAUGAGUCACAUUCUUAAGAAGUUUACCAAUUAUGGUCAAUAAAAUAUUAUUAAAUAAUUAAAUAAAUAUAGUAGUUUA